AUGUCGCCGCAGUGGAUCACCCUGAACAUUGGUGUCCGCUAUGAGACUCGUGGUCGACCUACUGGGCAAGUCUUUGGGACGAUUCACGAGGGCAAGAAUGUCCCUGCAACUUACCGCAAGCGAAAUUAUCACAGCCGUGUUGAUAACGUGGCGCCCAAGCUUCUCUAUUUUUUAGUACGCGAUACUGAAACGUGGAUCAAUGUCCACGCGGAGCUCCCAGGAUCCAGCGUGCUCUAUGAGCGUUGCCUCAAGACAUCAAAGGCUCGUGCCGACAAGGGCCAACUCGUGUUUCAGCGACCGAGAAAGCCCUUUCAAUUUGCACUUGUCAUCGACGCCAAAGAAUGGCUCAGAUAUGAAAAUUACCGUGAUGCCCGGGAGCUGGACACACUCUCUAUUCAGGAUAAUGCCGAUACCGUCUCAUCUGCGCUACGCUCGCACAUGGUACAGCGUGCCCCUGAGCCUUCGGCCCUCAAAUUGACAGUCCUGUCGGCCGCGGAGACUACUAAGAACCGAACUGCCACUGCCAGUUCGUUCAGCUCCGUUCGACCCUCUCGAUCGGCGCCAAGCUUGCAGGACUUUACUCAGCCAGAUCAAGCGCUGCCAGAGUCGCCGCUUCCAAGCUCUGGCACGAGAGAAAUUUCGUCUCAGGGUGAAUCCAGUAGCAAGAUAGCGACUUCGAAAAAGCGUGCUGCUAGUCCAAUCGACGAUUAUCAUCCGGUUGACCAGCAACGUCUUCGAAAGGCACUCAGUAUAGGCGGCUCCUUUCCCAACAUUGCGAGAGCCUUGCACACAACGGAGAUAAUCCAAUUCUUCCGUAUCACUGGGACCUCCGAUCUCAAUAAUCUCCUCGCAAAUGGCGGACAAAAAUUUGUCUGCGAUAUUGCGAAGGCGGAAGCCGGUACUCUGUCGCUCCAGCCUUCGGAGAAGCCUCUGGGGAUCGCCGUUGCCGCGAAACGCAUGUUCAAGAACAACAAGAAUACCGUCUUGAUCCGCUUCAACCCAUCGAUGAAUAUGCGCACCAUGUAUCGGAGGCAAAUCUCCUAUUCUGGGGCACUACCCUUCUCAGUUUCGUUUAUUCUUUCGCGACCUCCUAUCUUUGAAGUCCGCUUCGUCGAGGCCGGCGUUGCUCUGGUUCACAAUGCGGCGGCAGAUGGCAAGUCGAGCAAAAUGAUGACAUCACUCCGACGAUCAUAUCUCAUUGAAGAAUUAAUUGGAACGGGCAAGUUUGUGAAGUACAUCAAUAACAAUAGUGCAUCCACUGCUGUGUCAAUCUGCGUGCUCUUGAUAUCUGACUGGAUCAUCAGGACUCUCGAACGUGGUCUGUUUGGUGGUGGCAAUUCAGGCAGGUUCUUCGAGAAGUUUCCUGAGCAGCAUGUAUGCUCCGGUUACUGCAAGUUUUUUGGACUGUCUAGUCUC